CUGGGAAAUGCCUGAAGGAGGCUUCCCAGAGAACUUUCCCUGUCUCGGAGCUACCGGAUGGAGCAUCCCCCCACAAUGCUAAGGCACCCCGACAGGCAUUCCCAAAGCUCUGACCAGAGUCCAGCCUCUGGCCUGGCAUCCUUUUGCACUGGCGGAAGUAAUACUGAGUGAAGAUGGCGGUGGCUCUUAGGUGGCUGCUCCAAAUUUGCUGUGGCUGAAGCCACAAGCCUCAGGUAUAGUGUCCCGCCUCGGGCGCUCCUGAUUCCUACACCAAGGGAGUGACCUCAGGAAGUCGGUACAUUAGAACUUGAGGAGACAGGCCUCUCAUGGGUUGGGAAUAGUUGCCAAUGAAGGCCCAUACUCAACCAGAAUGAUUUCUUGGGUAGCCAUGUGAACAGGAGUGAGGGCACCAAAUCCUGGUGUUUGUUUACUGUGGGUGGCAUCUGAAUGAGCAGUCACCCUAUCAAAUUGCUAAGUAAUUGGAGGGCCACAGUAGGCCCAGCUCAACUCUUCAUGUCCACCUCACAGUGCUGGACUGACACCUCUUAGUGACAAUGUCCCCAUGAGUUCUUUCUUCCCUUGCCCAGUGGGAGCCCCUACCAGAGGGAGGUGAAUUUCCUGAGUGUUGGUGGGGAAAUGUCGCUUUGGCCUUCAGAGGACUGGACUCCAGCCUCUCUCUGCCCCUUGAUGUCCCCCUCACACCGGGACCCCACUUGGCUCAUCUGGGAUAAAGGCUAGCAAUAACUAGCAUCCAAGGCAGGUGGCCUGAGAGCUGAUUGGGUUUUGUUGCAUGCAUGCACCACAGAUGUUAAGGUUGUGAUGCCUCUAGGUACAUCAGACCACAGACUACAUUUCCUGACUCUCCCAUUGGUGUUUCACUGGGGAUCUUCCUCACCAGUGCCAGCCCCUGAGGGUAGCUGUGGCUGCUCUGGGAGGGGAUGCCUGAAGAAGAUUCCCCCUCUCUUGUGCUCUCAUCCUUCCCUUCCCCGGGACCCCCUCCCCUGCAGCAGCCCCACCUCCCAGCAUCUCAGAACCCCUGGCUGCUUAGCCCAGCCGGGCCAGCUGGCUAUGCUGGCACUGUCCCUGGUCUGCUGGCGAGCUAUAAAUAGCUCCUGCACCCACGGUCUUGGCAAGGUGCUCCUGGCGUGGGUGCAGAGGACACUGGAGAAGCAGCAGCUGAGCCUGCUGGCCUUGCCAGGCCCACAGCUGGCUCCAAUGGGAGGCAGGAGUCUGCACCACAGCUCAUGGACCUGGCUGCCCUGCCCUCCAGCCAGACACACCAGGCUGCCAGUCCCAGCCCAUGGAUCUGCGCGUGGGCCAGCGGCCCACAGUGGAGCCCGUACCAGAGCCUGCGCUACUGGCUCUGCAGCACCCCCAGCGUCUGCACCGCCAUCUCUUCCUGGCAGGCCUGCAACAGCAACAGCGCUCAGCAGAGCCCAUGAGGCUCUCCAUGGACGCGCCAGUGCCAGAGCUGCAGGGGGGACAGCAGGAACAAGAACUUCGGCAACUUCUCAAUAAAGACAAGAGCAAGCGAAGUGCUGUAGCCAGCAGUGUGGUCAAGCAGAAGCUGGCUGAGGUGAUCCUGAAAAAACAGCAGGCAGCCCUUGAGAGAACAGUCCAUCCCAGCAGCCCCAGUAUUCCCUACAGAACUCUUGAGCCCUUGGACACAGAGGGUGCUGCCCGCUCUGUGCUUAGCAGCUUCCUGCCUGCGGUUCCCAGCCUGCCCACUGAAGCCCCGGAACACUUUCCCCUGCGUAAAACAGUGUCUGAGCCCAACCUGAAGCUGCGCUAUAAGCCCAAGAAGUCCCUGGAGCGGCGCAAGAAUCCCCUGCUCAGAAAGGAGAGUGCCCCGCCCAGCCUUCGGAGGCGGCCUGCCGAGACCCUUGGAGACUCCUCCCCCGGUAGUAGCAGCACACCUGCCUCAGGGUGCAGCUCCCCCAAUGACAGCGAGCAUGGCCCCAACCCUGCCCUGGGCUCAGAGGCGCUCUUGGGCCAGCGGCUGCGGCUGCAGGAGACUUCUCUGGCCCCGUUCGCUUUGCCGACAAUGUCCUUGCUGCCCGCAAUCACACUGGGGCUGCCUGCCCCUGCCAGGGCUGAUGGUGACCGCAGGACCCAUUCGACUUUGGGCCCUCGGGGUCCUGUCCUGGGGAACCCCCACGCUCCCCUCUUCCUGCACCACGGUCUGGAGCCAGAGGCUGGGGGGACCUUACCCUCUCGCCUGCAGCCCAUUCUCCUCCUGGAUCCCUCAGUCUCCCACGCCCCACUGUGGACUGUGCCUGGGCUUGGACCCUUGCCCUUCCAAUUUGCCCAGCCCUUACUGACCACCGAGCGGCUCUCCGGCUCAGGCCUCCACCGGCCACUUAACCGGACCCGCUCAGAGCCCCUGCCCCCCAGCGCCACUGCCUCCCCUCUGCUGGGCCCCCUGCAAUCCCGACAGGAUCGGCUCAAACCUCACGUCCAGCUGAUCAAGCCAGCCAUCUCCCCUCCCCAGAGGCCUGCCAAGCCAAGCGAGAAGCCCCGACUGCGGCAGAUACCCUCAGCUGAGGACCUAGAGACAGAUGGUGGGGGAGUGGGACCUGUAGUGAAUGAUCGCCUGGAACCUAGGGAGUCAGGCCAUGGGCCUCCAGAGGGCAGAAGCCCCGUUUCUCUGCAGCAGCGCCAGCAGGUGCCACUCUGGGAGCAGCAGCAUCUAACUGGGCGGCUCUCCCAGGGAAGCUCCGGCGACUCUGUGUUGCUACCUCUGGCCCAGGUCGGACACCGGCCCCUGUCCAGAACCCAGUCUUCUCCAGCAGCUCCUGUCUCCCUACUGAGCCCAGAGCCCACCUGUCAGACCCAAGUCCUUAACAGCUCAGAGACACCUGCCACAGGGCUGGUCUAUGACUCAGUGAUGCUGAAACACCAAUGCUCCUGUGGAGACAACAGCAAGCACCCUGAGCACGCAGGCCGCAUCCAGAGCAUCUGGUCCCGGCUGCAGGAGCGGGGUCUCCGCAGCCAGUGUGAGUGUCUCCGGGGUCGAAAGGCCUCCCUAGAGGAGCUGCAAUCAGUCCAUUCUGAAAGGCACGUCCUCCUCUAUGGCACCAACCCCCUCAGCCGCCUCAAACUGGAUAAUGGGAAGCUGACAGGCCUCCUGGCACAGCGGAUGUUCGUGAUGCUACCCUGUGGCGGGGUUGGGGUAGAUACUGACACUAUCUGGAAUGAGCUGCACUCCUCCAAUGCAGCCCGCUGGGCCGCAGGCAGCGUCACUGACCUCGCCUUCAGAGUGGCUUCCGGAGAGCUGAAGAACGGUUUUGCUGUUGUGCGGCCCCCAGGACACCACGCUGAUCAUUCCACAGCCAUGGGCUUUUGCUUCUUCAACUCCGUGGCCAUCGCCUGCAGACAGCUUCAGCAACAAGGCAAGGCCAGCAAGAUCCUCAUUGUUGACUGGGAUGUUCACCAUGGCAACGGCACACAGCAAACGUUCUACCAGGACCCCAGCGUGCUGUACAUUUCCCUGCACCGCCAUGAUGACGGCAAUUUCUUCCCAGGCAGUGGGGCUGUGGAUGAGGUAGGGACUGGCAAUGGUGAAGGCUUCAAUGUCAACGUGGCUUGGGCUGGGGGCUUGGAUCCACCCAUGGGGGAUCCUGAGUACCUCGCUGCCUUCAGGAUCGUGGUGAUGCCCAUUGCCCGAGAGUUUGCUCCAGACCUGGUCCUGGUGUCCGCUGGAUUUGAUGCUGCCGAGGGUCACCCAGCCCCGCUGGGUGGCUACCAUGUUUCUGCCAAAUGUUUUGGGUACAUGACACAGCAGCUGAUGAACUUGGCAGGAGGUGCGGUGGUAUUGGCCUUAGAGGGUGGUCAUGACCUCACAGCCAUCUGUGACGCCUCUGAGGCCUGUGUGGCUGCUCUUCUGGGCAACAAGGUGGAUCCCCUUUCAGAAGAAGGCUGGAAACAGAAGCCCAACCUCAAUGCCCUCCGCUCUCUGGAAGCUGUGAUCAGGGUGCACAGGAAAUACUGGGGCUGCAUGCAGCGCUUGGCCUCCUGUCCAGACUCUUGGCUGCCCAGAGUACCAGGGGCUGAUGCAGAAGUGGAAGCCGUGACCGCACUGGCAUCCCUCUCUGUGGGCAUCCUGGCUGAAGACAGGCCCUCGCAGCAGCUGGUGGAAGAGGAAGAACCUAUGAAUCUCUAGGGCUCCAGAGCAGAUCACCUGCCCUUCAGACGUCUCCUCACCUCUGCUGUCAGCCCUGUUCCUGGGUCUGCAGAGAUCCUCUGGGCAGGUAGUCAGGUCCAGAGCAUAGCUACCCUGACAGCUACCCCAGGGAACUGAGAAGGCCACUGGGUCUGGGAUGGGGACCAGGAAGGAUCCUGGGAGGAGGCGGGCUGGGCACUAGGGCCCAGCUGGGCUCUUCCAGAAUGGACCCAGUCCCCUAGCUGUGGCCUCCAGCCCUCAGGACUGCACAGAGGAGGACUGGUUCAGGUGGACCCGUAACUACCACUGUUUUUAACUUCGAAGGCCCCAGAUUUUGCACACCACCCCAGGCUCCAUACAGAAAUGUGAACUUGGCCUCAGCCAGGGUGGCCCUUCCCAGGUUCUGAAGGGCUAGAGGAGUAGGAGCCAAGGGGUCCCCUAUUCCUGAGGACAGGAGAGCUCCUCUCCCCUGCUUCCUCAAUGGUCUUUCGGCAGCCCCAGGCUCUGAGAGCCACUCUGAGCUGCUCUCCUGUGAGCAGUCACCAGCAAGCCUCCCAUCUGGUCACUGCCCUGCCAGAGGCCACCCUAUGUGGACCAUCUCAGUGCCUUGGUGCAGCAGACAGGUGCUGAGUCCUGUGCUUCCUGACCCAAUGGUGCCAAACCUUCAUCUCCCCUUAGAAGCACAACACAAGCCCAGGGAUGCCUGGUCACUGCCCCCAGAAUGAGCCUGCCUUCUGUUUCUGGGGUUCCCCCACCUCGACUAUGACUGCUGCCCCACAUAGAACUAGCUUGGCUGAGGGGAGAUAAGGUGGGAGAAUAGACAGACAUGGGGGAGGGGAGGCCACCCCAGAAGUCUUCAAGACUUUUGAGGUCAGGCCUGGGGCCAAGAAAGUGUUUGUGUGUGUGUGUGCGUGCGUGCGUGUAAGAGUGUGUGCGUGUGUGUCUUCCCCAAGACCUGCCAUACCUUGUGUAUGUAUGCAUGUUUUUGUAAAAAAGAAAAAAAAAUGGAAAAAAAACUGAACAAUAAAUGUUUUAUUUGCUUUAAA